GGCAAGUGCCCUGACUGGGAAUCGAAACACGACCUUCCAUUCAUAGGUUAACGCACAACCACUGAGCCAUGCCAGCUGGGCAUAUGUUACUUGCUUUUCUGCUGCUACCAGUAAGAUGCCUUGAAAGUGUUGUUUGAGCCUCCUGCCUACCACGUUAUUCUUACAACAAUCCUAUGCUCUAGGCACUGUGAAUCCCUCCGUUUCACUGGUGAGGGAAUGAAGGCAUGAAGACAGUAAUCAUUUGCUCGGGGUUUCACAGCUCCUAAGUGGCAGUGUCAUUUGGCCCCAGGAAUUCCUUCCCUGCCCUGUGCCUCUGCCCUCAGUGUCCACUCUCCCAGAGCUGGAACCGCCCUGAGGGCUGCAUGCACUUGCAUCCGGCCACCGGGUGGGGUUGGGCGGGUAGCUCACUGCGAGGCUCUUGGCCUCAGGUGCUGGAACGCAGUCUGCACUCUGCUCCUCAGGGCACAGGCGCAGUGGGUGUGUUCACAGGGAGUGUGUUCAGGGUCACAUAAAGCAGCCAUUGGGGUUAGUGACAGCCUUGGCCAGAAUCUAACGUCGUUUUCCUUCUUCCCCCGUGUGCCUUCCCAAGACUCAGCCCUUCCCGAGGAGGAGGAGGACAGAAUGGCCAAGUUCAAGGAGGCGGUGACCUUCCAGGACGUGGCUGUGGUCUUCACGGAGGAGGAGCUGGGGCUGCUGGACGCUGCCCAGAGGAAGCUGUACCGGGACGUGACGCUGGAGAACUUCCGGAACCUGGUCUCCGUGGACUCAGCCCUUCCCGAGGAGGAGGAGGACAGAAUGGCCAAGUUCAAGGAGGCGGUGACCUUCCAGGACGUGGCUGUGGUCUUCACGGAGGAGGAGCUGGGGCUGCUGGACGCUGCCCAGAGGAAGCUGUACCGGGACGUGACGCUGGAGAACUUCCGGAACCUGGUCUCCGUGGGAGACAAGAGUCUAAGUAACGUGGAGGUUAUUCGAGAAAUUGGAUUAAGGAACCUGCCACAUGAAGAAUUUUUCUACUCAAAAAUCUGGCAACAGGUUACCAAGGGUUUAACCAGAUGUCAAGACUCCACAGCAAACAUUCAAGGAACUGGCUCUCCGUUGGAAAAACAAAGUGAUGCGCCCCAUAAAUAUGAGGGAUCCGGUAAAGGCUUCAAUCAGAGUUCGCAUCUUCAGGUUCACCACAGAAUCCACAGUGGAACAAAACGCUACAAAGGAGAGAUGUGCAAAAAAAGUUUUAUUCAGGACUCUUGUCCUCAAAUUAAUAAGAUGGCCGAUGCGGGAGAGAAGCCCUAUAAAUGUGAAAAAUGUGAAAAUGCCUUCCAUCGGUUUUCAAGUCUUCAAGCCCAUCAGAGAGUCCACAGAAGAGAGAAACCGUAUAAAUAUGACACAUCAUGUAAGAGUUUUAGUCAGAGGUCAUAUCUUCAUCAUCACCAGAGAGUUCUUACAGGAGAAAAUCCACACAGAUUUGAGGAGUGUGGGAGAAAUGUUAAGCAAAACUCACAUUGUCAAACUUCUCUGCUAACACACACAUCAGAGAAACCAUAUAAAUGUGAGGAGUGUGGGGAGGGCUUCAGUCAGAGGGCAUAUCUUCAAGCCCAUCAGAGAGUUCACGUGGGAAAGAAACCUUACAAAUGCGAAGAGUGUGGGAAGGAUUUCCAUUGGCUUUCGCGACUGCAGGCUCAUCAGCUAAUGCACACGGGUGAGAAACCAUACAAAUGCGAUGCGUGUGGCAAGGGUUUUCGUUGUAGCUCACACCUUAAUGCUCAUUGUAGAAUCCACACAGGAGAGAAACCCUAUAAAUGUGAGGAGUGUGGGAAAGGCUUCAUUGCACGCUCACAGCUUCAAGUCCAUCAGAGAGUCCACACUGGAGAGAAACCCUACAAAUGUGAGAGGUGUGGGAAGGUCUUUGGUCAGGCCUCAAAUCUCCUAGACCAUCAAAAAGGCCACAGCGGUGAGAAACCACAUCAGUGUAAUGCCUGUGGGAAAGGCUUCCGUCGGAGUGCAGAACUGAAGGCUCACUGCAGAAUCCACACGGGAGAAAAACCCUUUAAAUGUGAGGAGUGUGGGAAGGGCUUCAGUCAGCUCUCAAAUCUUCGAGACCAUCAAAGAUGCCACACUGGAGAAAAACCACACAAGUGCAGUACGUGUGGGAAGGUGUUCAUUCGGAGGUCAGAACUGAAGGUUCACUGUAGAAUCCACACAGGAGAGAAACCCUAUAAAUGUGAGGAAUGUGGGAAGGCCUUCAUUCAGUCCUCAACUCUUCAAUUGCACAAUAAAAGAGCCCACACGGGAGAGAAACCGUAUCGGUGUGCGGAGUGUGGGAAGGGCUUCAUUGUGGGGACUCAGCUUCAUCUCCAUCAGAGGGUCCACACUGGAGAGAAACCAUAUAAAUGUGAGGAGUGCGGUAAGUUCUUUACUAGGAGCUCAAACCUUCAAGCCCAUCAGAGAGACCACUCUGGAGAAAAGCCGUACAAAUGUGAGGAGUGUGGGAAGGGCUUUAAUGGCGUGUCACACCUUCAUAUCCAUCAGAGGGUCCACACUGGAGAGAAGCCAUAUAAAUGUGAGAGGUGUGGCAAGUUCUUUGGUAGGAGCUCAUACCUGCACGCCCAUCAGAGAGUCCACACUGGAGAAAAGCCGUACAAGUGUGAGGAGUGUGGGAAGGGCUUCAGUUGGAGCACAAGUCUUAAAGCUCAUCAGCGAGUUCAUGCUGCUGAUGAGGGUGAUAAAGACUUUCCCUCAUCAGAGAACACAUACAGGAAAGGAGCUCGGUAAAAUUACAUGUUUUCAUACCUCAGAAUGGGUGAUAAAACAGUCCAGU